GAUCGCAAAGGCGAGUCUACACUCCCGCAGCAUCGGGUCUUUUUUCGGUUUCUUUCCUUCUCCUUUUUUAUUUUUAUUUUUCGCGAAAUUAACACCCGCGUCUUGUAGAGUGCACUGAUGGCGCCCGCACCGAGACGGAGCAACAGCUCCCUCCCCGCAGGGUAUGUGGAGGAUAAAUCCAAGGGCGCCAUGCUCCGGUUCCAAGAGUCGCUCCCCCGAUUGCCCGUUCCCACUCUCGAGGAGACCGCCACGCGCUACAUAAAGAGCCUGCACCCUCUACUAGAGCCGGCCGAUUACGCUGCGAGUAAGAAGGCCGUAGACGAGUUCAUAAAACCGGGCGGCGUCGGCCGCAAGCUCCAGGAGAAGUUGAUUGCGAAGCGGGAAGCCCCGGACGUCAAGAACUGGCUCUACGAGUGGUGGAACGACACGGCCUACCUGGCCUACCGCGACCCCGUUGUCCCCUAUGUCAGCUACUUCUACUCGCACCGAGACGACCGCCGCCGCCGGGAUCCCGCCAAGCGCGCUGCCGCCUUGUCGACCGCCACCCUCGAAUUCAAGAAGCAGGUCGAUGGCGGCUCGCUCGAGCCCGAGUACAUGAAGAAGCUGCCUAUCUGCAUGGACAGCUACAAGUGGAUGUUCAACACCUGCCGGGUGCCGGCCAAGCCCGCCGACUAUCCCGUCAAGUACGACUACAAGCUACACAAACACAUCCUCGUUAUCCGGAAGAACCGAUUCUUCAAAGUCCUCCACGAGGUCGACGGCAAGCAACUUAACACGAGCGAGCUCGAAGCGCAGUUCGCGCGUGUCUACGAGCUAGCCCAGCGCGGCCCGCCUAUCGGUGCCCUGACCUCCGAGAACCGUGACGUCUGGGCGAACGCGCGCAAGGUGCUUCUGGGGGCCUCGCCCAAGAACCAGGCCGCGAUCGAGGCCAUCGAGUCGGCAUCCUUCGUCGUGUGUCUCGAUGAGGCCUCGCCCGUGACCCUCGAGGAGCGAGCACACGCGUACUGGCACGGCGACGGCAAGAACCGGUGGUACGACAAGCCGCUGCAGUUCAUCGUAAACGAGAACGGCACGUCGGGCUUCCUGGGCGAGCACAGCAUGAUGGACGGCACGCCAACGCACCGGCUCAACGACUACGUCAACGACGUUAUCUUCGGAAAUAAGCUCGACUUCAGCAACCCGUCCGUGCGGUCCGACCUCCCCGAACCCACCCCGAUCGAGUUCGUGCUCAGCAGGGCGGUGAAGAGCGAGAUCGAUCGUGCGAUCACUCACUUCAACGCCGUCAUCGGCCGGCACGAGCUUGCCGUCCAGGCCUACCAGGCGUACGGCAAGGGCCUGAUCAAGAAGUUCCGGUGCUCGCCCGACGCCUACGUCCAGCUCGUCAUCCAGCUGGCCUACCACAAGAUGUACGGCAAGAACCGGCCGACGUACGAGUCGGCGGCGACACGGCGCUUCCAGCUGGGGCGCACCGAGACGUGCCGCACGGUGUCGGACGAGAGCGUCGCGUUCUGCGCGGCGAUGGCGGACCCGGACGCGUCGGACGCCGACCGCACGGCCCUCUUCCGCAAGGCGGUCGACGCGCACAUCGAGUACAUCAGCGCCGCCUCCGACGGCAAGGGCGUCGACCGCCACCUCUUCGGCCUCAGGAAGCUGCUCGAGCCCGGCGAGGAUGUACCCGACAUCUACACCGACCCGGCCUUUGGCUACAGCAGCUCCUGGUACCUGUCCACGAGCCAGCUGAGCUCCGAGUUCUUCAACGGCUACGGCUGGAGCCAGGUAAUAGACGGCGGGUUCGGCAUCGCCUACAUGAUCAACGAGAACAGCCUCAACUUCAACAUCGUGUCCAAGCACCUCGACAGCAAGAAGAUGAGCUACUACCUCAACGAGGCCGCCAACGACCUGCGCGACCUGCUCCUGCCCACCCUAGAGCCGCCCAAGGCGAAGCUAUAGAGCGUGCGCGUGCGCAACCCUCCCCCAAAAAGAUAAAGAGGCGAGAAGGGAGGAAUCGCGCGCCCUCAUCCGCGCGGCGACCCCGAGACGUUGCCGCGAAGGGGCCGAGUCUUCCAGGCCAGGGGAUACCUCUCGAGAAAGGAGCAUGGAGCGAAGGUUGGGGGGCAGCAGUAGCAGUGCGCGCACUCACCCCGCUUGCCCCUUGUAGAAUUCUAGGUU